AUGAGUACGACCGCCGCCCGCGAAAUCCGUGCGCCCCGCGGAACGGAGAAGACGUGCGCCACCUGGCAGGCCGAGGCCGCCAUGCGCAUGCUCAUGAACAACCUCGACCCGCAGGUCGCCGAGCGGCCCGAGGACCUGGUCGUCUACGGCGGCCGGGGCAAGGCGGCGCGGUCGUGGGAGGCGUUCGACGCGAUCGUCGCGACGCUCAAGCGGAUGAAGGCGGACGAGACGCUCCUCGUGCAGUCCGGCAAGCCCGUCGGCGUGGUGACCACGCACGAGGACGCCCCGCGCGUGCUCAUCGCGAAUUCCAACCUCGGCAUCCUCCAGGGCACCUACGAAACGUUCGCGGAAGCGGGCGUGCUCAACUUCAAGGAGAACGCCGGGAAUGAGGCGGGCUCGCUCGUUGGCAAGCUCUGCGUCACCGGCGGCUGCGGCGGUAUGGGCGGCGCCCAGCCGCUCUCCGUCACGCUCAACGGCGGCACCUGCCUCAUCGCGGACGUGGACCUCACCCGCCUCCAGCGCCGCCUGGACGACAACUACCUCGACGAGCUCGCGGACGGCAUCGACGCGUCGAUCGACCGCGCCGUGCAGGCCGCGAAGAACAAGGAGGCGGUGAGCAUCGGCGUCGAGGCGAACGCGGUGGACCUGCUGGCGCGGAUGAUCGAGCGGGACAUCACGCCGGACGUGCUCACCGACCAGACCUCCGCGCACGACGCCCUCGUCGGCUACGUGCCGACGGGCGUGACGUUCGAGGAAGCCCGCGUCCUCCGCGAGAGCGACCCCGACGAGUACGUGAGGCGCUCGAUGGACACCAUGGAGCAGCACGUGCGCCACAUGGUCACCCUCCAGAAGCGCGGGGCCGUGACGUUCGAUUACGGCAACAACCUCCGCCAGCGCGCGCUCGACAACGGGUACGAGGACGCGUUCGCGUUCCCGGGAUUCGUCCCGGCGUACAUCCGCCCGCAGUUCUGCCUCGGACGCGGGCCGUUCCGGUGGGUGGCGCUCUCGGGCGACCCGAAGGACAUCUACGUCACCGACUACGAACUCCUCAAGAUGUUCCCGGCCGAAGCGGGAGCCCCCGGAAGCUACAACGCCCGCCUCCACCGCUGGAUCCUGGGCUGCCACGCGAACCCGGACGCGCUCCUCGCGGGCGAUUUCGAGAACUGCGCCCCCCGCUUCGCCUUCCAGGGCCUGCCGUCCCGCAUCUGCUGGAUCGGCCUGGGCGAGCGCGACAAGGCGGGCGUGAUGUUCAACUGGCUCGUCCGCGACGGGAAGGUCUCCGCGCCGAUCGUCAUCGGGCGGGAUCACCUGGACUGCGGCUCCGUCGCGAGCCCCAACCGUGAGACCGAGGCCAUGAAGGACGGGACGGACGCCGUGAGCGACUGGCCCCUCCUCAACGCGAUGGUGAACGUCGCCUCGGGCGCGUCCUGGGUCAGCUUCCACCACGGCGGCGGCGUCGGCAUCGGCUUCUCGCAGCACGCCGGUCAGGUGGUCGUCGCGGACGGGACGGACAAGGCCGAGGCCCGCGUGCGUCGCGUGCUCACGAACGACCCGAUGAUGGGCGUCUUCCGCCACGUGGACGCGGGGUACGAGGAGGCGGAGGGGUGCAUGCGGGACCAGGACGUGGACAUCCCGAUGCGGUGA